AGUUCUAUCUCCAUUCUCCCUCUCUCUCUCUCUCUCACACACACACACACACACAAGGGGUAAAGCAUAUUCCACCAUGAAAACCAAGAUCGGGACGAAGACCAGUAAACCCCUUAUCCAAACCACAAAUUUCAACCAAUCCAUAUCACUAUACACCUUUGUCACCCUCCUCUCUUGUUUUUAUGCUUCAUUUGCUUCAUCUUCUUCACACCCAAAACCACCCCCAAUUCCAAUUUUGCCCCUCCCAACCUCACAACAGCUCUCAUGGCAGUUCUCAGAGAUGGCCAUGUUCAUACAUUUUGGACCCAAUACCUUCACGGACUCUGAAUGGGGCACCGGCCGCGCUGAUCCCUCGGUGUUCAAUCCCACAGCUCUCAAUGCCAGCCAAUGGGUCAGUGUGGCCAAAGAAAAUGGGUUUUCCCGCAUAAUUCUUACUGCCAAACACCACGAUGGGUUUUGCCUUUGGCCUUCUGAAUAUACUGACUAUUCUGUGAAGUCUAGUCCUUGGAAGAAUGGCAAUGGUGAUGUUGUAUUUGAAUUGGCUGAGGCUGCUAGGAAUGCUGGUGUCCAAUUGGGGUUAUAUCUUUCUCCCUGGGACCGGCAUGAGCCUAUCUAUGGGAGAACUCUUGAGUACAAUGAGUAUUAUAUGGGGCAAAUGACUGAGUUGCUCACAAGGUAUGGCGAAGUAAAAGAGGUAUGGUUGGAUGGUGCAAAAGGAGAGGGAGAGAAGGAUAUGGAAUAUUACUUUGAUGGUUGGUUCAGUCUCAUUCAUCAGCUCCAGCCGGGGGCUGUCAUUUUCUCUGAUGCUGGUCCAGACACAAGGUGGGUCGGAGAUGAGAAUGGUGUGGCUGGGACUACUUGCUGGUCCCGUUUCAAUUGCAGUGAUGCAAAGAUAGGCGACACUGAUCCUAAGUAUUCACAAGAAGGUGACCCUUACGGACAUGACUGGGUACCUGCUGAGUGUGAUGUUUCCAUCAGACCUGGUUGGUUUUGGCAUGUCUCCGAAGUCCCAAAGUCUGCAAUGACUCUUCUUGACUUAUACUACAAAUCAGUUGGCAGAAAUUGUCUCUUGUUACUCAAUGUACCCCCCAACUCUUCAGGUCUCAUAUCAGACGAAGAUAUACAAGUCCUCAGAGAAUUCUCUGAGCUCAGGAGGUCCAUAUUCUCCUACAACCUAGCCAAAAAUGCUCUUCUUUCUGCCAGCAGUACACGAGGAGAUCUUGAAGAUUCUAGGUUUGGCUCCCACCAUGUCCUUGAAGAAGGUAUUUAUACGUAUUGGGCUCCCAAUGGGAAUCAGUCAGAUUGGGUAUUAUACUUAAACUUUCAGGAACCUGUGAGAUUCAAUGUUUUGCAAAUUCAAGAGCCAAUUCAGAUGGGGCAGCGGGUUAUUGAAUUUCAUCUUGAUAUUCUGAAUAAGAAUGGCAACUGGAAGAAAGUGAUUAAUGGAACAACAGUAGGGUAUCGGAGGCUUUUAUCAUUCCCCAAAGUAGAAUCCAAUCGCCUAAGGUUAGUCAUUGAUAGAUCACGAGCAGACCCGCUGAUCUCUUACUUGGGCAUUUAUAUGGAUCCAUUCUCCAUUCUGAGCAACAUUUAUAAUACUAGCUCUAGAUCAUUCUUCAACGGCAGUCAAGUGCUUGAAAAAACUACAUACAAACAUUCUCAAAUUGCUUCGAUUUAGUUGUUCAAUAUAAUGUUUUGUAAGAAACAUGAUCCUAAGGCUUCCAGGGGAGUGUGAGCAUGUUGUCUGUUUGUAAAUAUCUCUUACCAUUAUUCUUCUUGGAAUACAAUUGUUCGAUACCGGUACUUUCUUGAAGAAAUUUGCAGUUGACAUUUGCAAAUAUUCAGAUCUUGUUGGCUUAAUGAACAUGCUAAUGAAGUAUAUCUUUUGCUGCUGGAGACAAAAACCAGAACAGGUUUAAGCUUUUGGCUAAUUUGAUUGGAUUUUUUUGUUCAUACCAGCAAAGAGUAGAAGUGUAUAAACAAAGCACCC